UGAAUUCUACAUGCUCUUGUCUUCUUAACUCCAUGCUGUUACUUCUCUUUAUUGGGGUGGCUACUUCUCAAAAGAGCUGCCCCAAUUGCGGUGCCAUGGAGGUGCCAUAUCCCCUUAGCACUGGGCCAAACUGUGGCGAUCCAGACUACAAACUUUUCUGUGAUCCCUCUAAGCAACAACUCUUCUUUGAGUCCCUAAAUCGUAGCUCGUAUCGAGUGCUCCGCAUAGACCGGACCAUGCAGCGCAUGGUGGUGCAAGCCUCACCCUGGGUGCCAGGCACCUGUGUCACACGGGACAUGGUGGCUAGUGAGGGUGUUUGGCUCAACCAAAGCCUCCCUUUCAAUAUCACAACCACAAAUACCAUCUUCCUCUUCAAUUGCUCCCCUCGGCUCCUGAUCUCGCCGCUGAAUUGCACCCCGAGUAGUCUGUGCCACCGAUACUUGGCCUCGUCUGGGAGAGUCGAUCCGCGACGUGCCCUUCAGUGCUCCGAUGAGGCUGUUAACGUGCCCUGUUGUACGUUUGUGGCCGGCGGCUCACCGUCUGCAUAUAAGAUCCGUCUUCAUAAUGGUGGAUGUCGAGGCUACAGGAGCAUCCUCAACCUAGACCCCUCGGAGCCGGCCUCAGAGUGGGAGGAAGGGAUGGAGAUCCAGUGGGCCUCCCCUCCGGAGCCUGUCUGCGGCUCCCAGCAGGAUUGCUCGGCGGCAUCCACAUGCUCGCCUCGGUAUUCCAAUAACACAGGCACCCUCAUCAAGCGUUGCAUCUGUAGUGCGGGAUACGACUGGGAUCAUGCACUGGGUGCCUGUGCCGAGAAGAAAGCCGGCUCCGCCUCCUCCUCCUCCAGCGCUGGACAUCGUAGCCAAAUUAUCAUGUUGACGCUGUUUUUGGUGAUUGCGGCCUUGGGGGUGAUCGCGGCAUGGGUGCUGCUAUCUCUUAGGAGAGGUUUUUGCAAAGUACGGAACCAGGCAAGGGUAGCUAAGGAGAGGGAUGACAUUCUGAGUGCGAGCAAAGCAGGUAGGUCUGCGAAGAUUUUCGAGUGGAAGGAGGUGAAGAAGGCAACCGGAGGAUUCUCCCCAGACCGGCUGUUGGGCACGGGAGGAUUCGGAAAGGUCUACAAAGGAGUGCUCAAAGAUGGUACCCUGGUAGCUGUGAAGUCUGCAAAGUUGGGCAACACCAAGGGCACCGAGCAUGUCCUUAAUGAGGUGGGCAUCCUGUCUCAGGUGAACCACAAGAACCUGGUCCGCCUCUUGGGCUGCUGCGUCCAAGCCGAGCAGCCGCUCAUGGUGUAUGAGUAUGUACCCAAUGGCACGCUCUAUGACCACCUCCAAUCAAAGGAUGCUGAGACCUUCCUGAGGUGGAGUUCAAGGCUGAGCAUUGCACUGCAGACAGCUGAAGCCCUCGCCUACCUCCACUCUUCGGCGCACACCCCUAUCUAUCAUAGAGACGUCAAAUCCACCAACAUCCUCUUAGAUGAGAAGCUCAAUGCCAAGGUUGCAGACUUUGGGCUGUCUCGGCUAGCGGAGCCGGGGCUCAGCCAUGUGUCCACCUGCGUUCAGGGGACACUCGGGUACUUGGACCCCGAGUACUACCGCAAUUAUAAGCUAACAGACAAGAGCGACGUCUAUAGCUUCGGGGUGGUUUUGCUAGAGUUGUUAACAUCGCAGAAGGCCAUCGAUUUCACGAGGGAGCAAGAGGAAGUGAACUUGGCACUAUGGGUGGCCGAGAAAGCAGAGAAGGGGGCAAUCAUGGAGGUGGUCGACCACCGAUUGCUCGGCGAGGCGGCGACUCAGGGGCUAGCACAGAGCAUCAAGAUGUUUGCUGCCUUGGCUCUGGCAUGCGUUCAAGAGAAGAAUACCAAGAGGCCAAACAUGAGAGAAGCAGCUCAAGAGUUGCUCUCUGUCAUACAAAUACCCAACGGGGAUAGCCCAAGCGAUGCUUCCUCUCCCUUUUCUACCUCUCUUGCCCCUCGAUCUUCCAAGGGCGAUGUACCAUGAAUAUAUGGACGCUCAGUGGACCACUAACCUUUUUGUUUUUGUUAGCAAUUCGUAUAAAGUAAUGUAUGUCAAAAAUUAUAAAAUUAUGCCUUUUGCUAAUGUAAAAUAAUAGGGACGACAAAGGAAUAAUAUCCUUGUAAAAGAUAGCUAAAUGCUUGGAUAUUCAUUUCUAGAUAAAGAGUGGACCCGCAUAGGGGAUCAUAUUAUUAUAUGCAUUGUGUCUUUGGCGUGGGGAUAGCGCACUUUAUUUGAGUAAGGUUUAGCAUUGAGAGAGAGAGAGUAAUGUUCCCACCUUCCAAA